ACGUCAUUUUUUCUGCUCUUCACGGCGACAUUUUAGCGUGGCUUUUUGAGCUGUUAGCGGCGACAUUGAUCGUUUCCAAAAGUCUCUCCUUCAAUUUUCCUCCUCCUCUCGCUGUGGAGGUUUGAGAUCAGAACAUUUGCCUGUGCAUCUUGGAGAUCGAUGGGGGUCUUCAUCGAGAGCUUUGUCUGGGAACCAAAUCCAAGCGUAUAUCUGUUCAUUUUCUUUUUGUGCUUCUUCUCAAUCAUUCUUCUGCCUUACUUCUCCAAGAACAGCUCCAACAGGGCUUCGACUGUCUUCGAUCAUGCACUCUCCUCGUCGUUUCUUCGUUUCCAGAGAAGUUUUCUGUUCCUCUACUCUCUCGCCUGCGUAACGGAAGGCAUGUGGUCGGUGUUUGGAGAGUUUGAGCUUGCUUACUAUGGUGUUACUAGGGAGCAAAUGGUGGUUUAUCUCUGUGUCGGAUGCGUAGUGGCUGUUGUUUUCGGUACCUGCUUCGGCAUGCUUGCUGAUUUAAUUGGUCAAAAGAAAGUCUGUUUGAUCUUUUGGACCCUACACCUCUUUAUUGGCAUGUUGAAGUGGAUAAUCUCACACCCGAGUAUUUGGGUAGCAAGUAUCUGUUUGUCUCUUGCUACUUCAUUGUUUUCAUUCAGCUUUGAGACAUGGAUGGUGGUUGAACAUGAUAAGCUAGGUCACAGGCAAGAUACAUUAAGUGACAUGUUUUGGUUAAUGACCUUUUCUGAGUCUGCAUCUUUAAUCGGAAGCCAAGUACUUGCAAAUUGGCUGGUUGGUGAUGAUUUGGAGAAAAAUAUAGUUUCUCCCUCUAUUGCAGCUAUUGUCUUGGCAAUAAUGGGUAUCUUUUCUACUACUAGAGGAUGGACAGAAACUCCCCAAACACUGGCCCUUAAGGACUAUAGGAUGUCCUUCUCUGUUUAUAUUUUUGGUGAUAAGAGGAUAUGGCUAUUGGCAUGUGCACAAGCUUGCCUUCAUUUCUCAAUUUCAUUUUUCUGGAUUUUAUGGGCUCCAACACUGGUGGCUGAUGGGCGAGAAGUGCAUUUGGGGUUGGUAUAUCCAUGCCUUCUGGGUGCAAGAAUGUUAGGAAGCACAGUAUUUCCAUGGCUCAUUCAUGGACCAUCCCCACUUCGAACUGAGGAAUACUUAGUGUAUGCAUUUAUUAUGAUGGGGUUUGUCUUGUCUAUAGUCGCUUAUGAUUAUCAGGAAAUUGGAGUUUUAUUGACACUAUUCUGUUUAUUCCAUGCUUGUGUUGGCCUCAUUUUACCUUCACUUGCCAGAUUGAGGAGCUUAUAUGUACCUAAUGAGUUGCGUGGAGGGAUGAUAAGCCUGUCUUUAGCUCCUGCAAAUGCAACAGUUCUGCUUUUCCUAUUGCAAGGAGGCUACUUCCGAAACCUAGGGAAUGCAACAAUCAUGGCAUUUGCUGCUCUUGGCCUAUUUGCAGCUGCUGGUUGCAUGCAUGUGUUGAAGCAGUGGGGGAAGCAACCUUAUCAAUACUCACACAAAUUGUGAUUUCAUUUCCCAUUGUGGCCCCAGGACAACGCUGUGGUUGAUGAAUUCUGGGUGUCAGCCAAGAGCGGUCGAUGGACUUGGGAGGCAAGGAAAGGAACAAAAACUGUAUGCUUCUGAAAUACAUUAGUUCCAAGAGCACAAAAUCAGAUUUUAGAGUUCUAUUUUUUGUCUCUGCUGGCGCCAUCUGAAGAAGAAAAAGCUGUGAUGGUGGUUCUGCAAUUCUUGAUCAUCAUCAAUCACAAAGUUUUGGUACAUCCAGGCUCCAAUGUGGUCCUUCGCUGGUAAAUCAGUUAAAGAUAGCACAAUCUGGCGCGAUAUUUGCUGGGCAUGUAUCCCUUUAAGCAAAGAAUCGCAAAUGUCAGGUCUGCUAGUGAAAUAUAUAGUUUGGUAUCUUACCACAAGGGAAGGCAGAGGAAGCCACCUUGAUGAGCUACAUGGUUGAAAGUCGUUGUGUUCAUUUUCAUUUUUAGCCGGCAUUGGGAAGUGUGAGUGUUGGGAAAUUCCACAUGCAAAAAGUGCACUCGUUAAUUAUUAAUUAAUUGGAUGCAAUAGAGAUUUAUUUUGUGCGAUUGUGAAAAA